AUGAUUUACACGACCUACACACAGUUUUUCCCUCCAAAGCCAACAUUCACGGAGGAGAAUCUCCCCUCCCAGAAAGGAAAGGUUUUCAUGGUAACAGGCGGCAACUCGGGCAUCGGAUAUGAGUUGUGUAAGAUUCUCUAUGGCUCAGGGGCGACGGUCUACAUGGCAACUCGAUCAGAGCAACGAGCCGCGGAAGCUAUUCAAACCAUCACUCGAUCGGCACCUUCGUCAGAGGGUACCCUCAAAUUCAUCCACCUUGAUCUUGAUGAUCUGAAUACCGUCAAAGCUGCAGCCGCAGCCUUCGCCGCCCAGGAAUCCAAGUUAGAUGUGCUGUGGAACAAUGCAGGUCUUUCUGCAUUUCGGUUCGCGUCUGAUGCAAGAACCACCCAGGGAUUCGAACCCAUGAUGGGCAUGCACUGCAUCGCCACUCUGCUGUUCACCCAGCUUCUCAAACCCCAGCUGCAGGCUGCUGUGAAAGCUUCACCGGGGUCGCCCGGCUCUGUGCGUGUCCUCUGGACGGCAAGCAUCUCACUUGACGGGUCCUCUCCGCCCAAUGGGAUCGAGUUUGACCUGCUUGAGACGGGGGGUAAGGAUCCUACCCGGAACUACGGCGCUUCCAAGGCUGGAUCCUGGAUCCUGGCCCGUGAGAUGGCUCGAAGAUGGGGAGCUGAUGGCAUAACCAUCGCUUGCCUCAACCCUGGGAACGUCAAGUCUAAUGGCUAUACGGGCGCCCCUAACAGGGUCAUGUUCGUCCUCAAAAGACUGCUCUCUGAGACCAAGUCAGGAGCCUACACUGAAUUGUUCGCAGGGCUAUCUCCAGAUGUCAAGAAUGGGGAUUAUGUGAUUCCGUUUGGAAGGAUUCGUACAGACAAGGAGUGUCCUAGACAGGACAUUGUCAAGGCCAUUACCCCUGAGGAGGAGGGUGGCCUGGGUUACUGUAAGAAGUUCUGGAAUUGGUGCGAGGAGCAGUACAAGCCGUUCAUUUGA